GAUUUUUCUCGUUCGUUUCCAUUGUGAAACUUGUUUUAAUACCAACUGCAGCCAGCCAAUCGUCUAAUUGAUGCCACAGCAAAAUGUUUGGGAAACAAAAGCCGAGAUAUGAGCAGUCAAGUGUCAUAAAUAAGUUUCCGAACAACUCGUCGGCUCAUUAGCGAAGAGUUUGGAACACGGACUGGCCCAGAGAAGUGCCGCCCGAGAUGAGAUGGCAUUGGGAAAAGUGGAAUAGUGAAAAAGUGGAAGAGUGGUGUCCAACUGGAGCGGCCCAAGUGUCCCCGUCGAUUAGGUCGGGGACCCCAUGCCUGGGACCAUAAAACAAAAUCAGUUUGAAAUGAAAACAUAUCCGUGGCUCGUUAGCAUCCGAUCUCAGCAGGGUGGUAGCAGUGACACCAGUCUUUGGCUGCAAACUGGGGGAAAUUUUCAUUUGAAUUUCUCGUUGCAGUGGGACAAACUCGAAAAACGUUUGCACUUUGUGGCCAGGAACCAAAAGAGAUACAUAUUUUAAGAAAAAAAAAACAAAGUAGUCCUAAGUGCUUUGUUUUACUUCAACAAUUUAGACAAAAACAUUUCACACUUUGAAAACAAACAGCAAAUUUAGCAACUCACACACAAAUGCAUAAACUUUAAGCUGCAAAAUGCCUUCGCCAAGAAACGAAGAUAAGAAUUCGAACGAUAUGGGUGGUGGCAGUGAUUCCGAGCGGGAAAAUGAGGAUCUGGCCAUGCUGAAGAUUGUUCUCAGGAAGCUGAGUGUCAACGAUCAGACGUUACUGCAUCGCCAUGUUAGCCAUAUUCCGGAUGCGCUUCAUAUGCUCUGGAGGUUGAAACAUCCACGCCUGAACUUUGAGUUGAUGCAACGGAAACUGCAUGGAUCCGAUCUGGAGUUGUUUCUACAGGAAAUGAUCACGGAUAUUCCCAGCAUUAAAUUCCGCAGUGAGAACUUGCAGGACGAAUUGAACAUCCUGGAACGGGCCAAUAUUGGACGUCUGCUGCACGUGAAAUGCUGCAUCAUUACCUGGGAAAAAUCGCCGAGCAAACAGAAUACCAAAUUCCCUCAUUGGCCAUUUCUCGCACUGCCAAAAUUGAUGAGCAAUCUGACCGAUCUGGAUGUAUACUGCCCAGUGCAGGAUUGCUUUAUUGACCAAUUUGGCAAAUUGGAAGCCCUGAAGAUCGCUCAAGAGAUUUCUAAACCAGCUAUGGAGGCCAUUUACUUGAGUGGCGCACCAUUGAAGUGUUUGAAUCUAUCGGGUUCUCAUACAUAUCCCAUGUGUUGCAUCUCAUACUGCAAACAACUGAGCAACUUAUUUGUAAAUCUAGACACUUUUUUGGCAGGUCAAAAUGAGAUUCUUAAGUUGCCAAAGCUUACUCAGCUGAAAAUCACUGAGAUUCGAGAAAACAAGGACACAACGAAAGCCCUAGCCAAUGUGGUGCACACAAAAGGCAAUGAACUCGUGGGCAUUCAAAUGAAUUGCAUCUUUGAGGAUCAUGUCAAGUGCCUAAGUGAGUUGGCUCUAAAUCGCUGCAUGAAUCUGACGGAACUGCAGUUGUCCAAUUGCAUAUUUGCAUAUCAGGACAUGGCCAAGUUGUGCCUGCCCGUUGCCAUAACUUUGGCUCGGUUCUCCAACUGUCCAGAUCUCACUGAUGAACAGCUCUUGGACUUCAUCAAGGCUAAUGCCCAAAUGGAGGAGCUUCUACUGGAUCAGUGCCCAGAACUGACGGAAGAUCUACUUCAUGGUGUUCUUAAAGUACGCAGCAGUGGCAAUAAACAAGUGCACCUGUUGCUCAGAAUUGCAAAUAGUCCGAAUCUUUGGGAUACAUAUCAACAGAACUUGAAGUAUUGGACACGAAAGGUAUCUAUUCUUAAAAUGGAAAGUUUGGAAAGUUCUGUCUCGGAGGACAUUGUUAUGCACUUUGACCUAGCGAAGGAAAAUGAAAAUUUAUAACGUGCUUUUAAGUGGCGUUCCUAGAACCCUUUAAUAAACGCAACUAUUGACUAAGUCA